AUGAGCAUCCUGGUCCAGGUCCUGCUCACCUUCCUGGCACUGUCAGCCUGCCUGGGUGACGUGGUCACUCCAUGGAAACACAGACUACGGACCAACAUGCUGAAGGAGAGCAUCAGGCUGUUGGACCAGCUCCAACAGAUGGAGGUUUCCUGUAACAAAAUGAACGUGACAAAUAUUUUUGCAGAUGAUAAGAGAGGUAACAAUAUGGAGAUCUUAUGCAAAGCUGCCACAAUUGCUCGGGAGAGCCAGAGCUGCCACAGGUACCUCGAGGGCAUUUACCACAACUUGCUCAGCCUGGUCUGGGGGACCAGAGCAGGGCACAAGAAGCCAUGUUCUGUGGCAGCAGGCAGCAUCACCUCACUAAAGAAUUUCCUCAAGCAAUUACACCAAGUUCUCCAAGAAGAGUAUAAGAGUCGGAAGUGA